AUGCCCAAAGAAUAUUCCGUCGUGUUGUGCGGUGAUGAGGACGAGCCUACCGGCCGAGACAAGAUUCUCCAGAAAUUUGCACCCGGCAAAAAUGCGACAGACUCAACUGAGGCGUGCCGCCAGACGGUCGACGUGAAUGGGACGGAGACCCUGAUCGAGCUCGUCGCAUUUGAUUCGUGCGCCACUGAUGAGGCCAUGCUGCGCUAUCUCAUCGAGUAUGCAGAUGCCUUUGUCUUCGUAUUUAGCCGCUUCUCUCCCCACACCCUCGAGACGGUCCAGAGGUACCGCGACGUGGUUCAGCAUGCCCUGCAGGCGAAGGGCAUCAGUCGAGACUCGGACGAAGUGUGCUUUGCCUUGAUAGGCAACGCCGAUACGGAGUUACCGGUUGUGGCCGGUACAUCCAGCUCGAGAGAGGAACUGAAGGAGAAUCUGAGGAUGAAGGGAAAGCUCAUGGCGCAAAGUUGGGGGUGUCCCUACCUGGAAGUCAACACUGCCGAAGAGGAGACUCAUGGAGUUGAAGAAGCCAUCAUCUGUAUUGGACAAGCCAUUAAGUCAUCCGAGAAACCAGACCUUGGGCGGGGACUGUCAACGCGGAAGAGCAAACCCCCUCAGCGGUUUCUGAUGCGGAGGAUGCUGUCACGCUUCAUGAGUGGGUAG